AUGCAAAUGCGCUCCAACAAGGAUUUGGUAGCCGUGAACAACUUUUCGAGCUGCAGACUCUUUAAACGCUGGGAAUAAACGCAUUGCUCGAGUACAAGUUGGACGGUAACAAAUUGUUAUUGUUACUAACAAUCUUUGAUGCUUUCCGCAUAAUUUUACUCAUUUAUUUCAGAAAUCGAAGAAAACAGAGAGGAAGAUCCGCGUGUGCAGAGAAGAACGAUGAAGCACAUCGACAAGUGAGUUCUCUCGGACCUCGAGACCCACGAACAUAUUAAUUUUUACAGUCUUUACCUGGAAGUAGUCGGAACUUCCGUGUUGUUCGCACAGCGAGGAGGAUUUCAAGUUUGUCGCCGAACUGGAUUGCUUCGGAAAGCUGCGCAUGACGCUGAGAUGAAUUGCUGCCUGCACAUUCCGACUGUAAGAGAACAUUUUCGAGUUUCCACCGUGAAAACAACGUUUCUUCCGGGCCACUCCGUAGACUGGCCGAUUUUUUUAAAUUUUGAAUUCAUUGCUUGCUCAGCCACGAUUUCGAAAGCAUAGGAAGGAAAAUUGAGGUGUAUGGAUUCUCGAUUAUCACCAGCAACAUGUGAGUUAUGGGAGAGUUUCUGUCAACAGUUUGAAAAUGAAUCAAUAAAUACUCGGAUUUUUUUUUGACAGGAGAAGUGCCUCACAAAGUCAAUUAUGUUAAUUUGUUAUUCAGGAUCCGUAAUUUUUUACUUGGCAGAAAUACUCCAUAAGCCCUAUUCAAAUAGUUUCUGAAAGCCUAGUUUCUUUAACUUUCACUCGAGUUAUGAAAAAAAAGCGUUUGGAAAGAAGCCUAACUAGGGAAUGAUCCACAGAACAUUUGAUCCUCUUGGUAUCGAACUUUGUCGAUCACGGCCCAUAAGGCCAACUUACCUGUUGAUCAUUCUCUAGUAAGGUACAUUUUUGCCAAGUUUGAGCAAAUUUUGUUCACUGAUAAAAAGAGCGCAAAGUCAAGUGAUUACAAGUGAAACUUUGAGAUCUGUGUGUUGCCCCAAUCGCUCCGUUUCCAUGAUUGUCCAUGACAGUUCUCGGCCGGUCUUAACUGCACUUUUUACAGGCACCGAUUGUUCGGCACAAUUUCCAGCUCGGAAAGUGCGACAGUCGUGUACAGCAGAAAAGUUCCUAUUUUUGAUCCUCUUAUUGAUCCGAAAAGGUUCAAAAAUUUUCUCGGCACAUUUGUCCGGCACCUUUGGUUCAAAAGCAAAUCGAUAGUAAAUUUCGAUCAUUUUCAGCCAGCAUUUGAGCUAGAAGAAGUGACACCCUGACGUCUUGAAAUCAGACAAACUAGUUAUAUACUGAGAGACUAAAAUAUUGUCUUGAAUAGACUGUUAAAAUUUUGGUUUCGAAAAGUUCGUUAGUUUCGAAACAUCGCAGAUUCUAGAUCUCUGGCAUCGCAGCGUCCUACGCACUGGAUAUCCUUGUCCGUCGUCUUCGCAUGGCCAGCUUCCUCGGAAGAAGUUAUUCCUCGUCUUCAACGUUACCCGCUCUCCUCGUAUCUCCAUCACGGUCGACUUCCAGUAAUCCACAAAAAGUGUUGAUCAUUGAGAAACGAGCACUCGUCAUUAACCGUCUGAAUCUCCGGCUCCUCAGAAGAUCACACGAAGCAGGUCAGCUUUUGAAACAUGUUCAAAAACGAAUCGAUAGUGAAUCGAUCACUUUCAGUCAGCAAAAUGAGCAAAACGGGACCCCCGAACGUCUUGAAACCAGACAGUUUGAAAUUAGUUGUAUACUGAGAGACUAUAAUUGUGAUAGUGUCAAAAAAUUUGGAUGCUAAACGUCCAUGUGUCUUCUGAACUGUCUGGUUUCGAAAUGUCCUGGCGUCAAGAAAGUGACCCACUAAAGAGGCACAAUUUCAGUACUAGAUUUUUAUGUUUCAGAGAAGCUGAUAUCGUGA